UUUCUCAUUGGGUGGAGACUUCCACUGGCGUCCAACUGGCGUCUAACUGAGCAGACGUCCAAGUUGGCAUCUAGCUUGGCGUCUAACUGUUGGACGGAGACUUCCAAGCUAGACGCGUCUAAAUUUAGCCGUCGCCAGAUAGAGGCAGCGGCCGUCCAGCUAGACGCGUCUAAGACUUAGACGCGUCUAGCUAGACGCGAAAUGGAAGUCUCCACCCAUUAUUUUCUAAUGAUGAGGUCACAUAUUUGACCUGCCUUCAGAUCAUAGCUGUAAAUCCUCAGUUAGAAUCAUGAAUUGCUGACACGUAUAACCCCAUACAUUAGGUGGGGGUUUUUGGUAAAUUUGGUACUGAAUACAGUGUACCAAAUUUCGAAGUUAUGGGAGAAAAGCUACAAGAAUGGCGAGAGGGGAAAGUUUUUAUAGAGGUAUACCGUAUAACUGAACUUGGCAUGGCGACCUGACCUUAAGUGACCAGUGAUAAUUUUUACGCAAGUGAUGUAGGUAGGGUAGGUAUACCUACCUAAUAGGUUAUACCAAAUUUGGCGGCGCUGCGCGCCGAUUUGUUACACACGCACACACACACAUACGCACGCACAAAACUGGGAAGUGUGGCAAAAAAAACACCCCUACCCAUCGGGUGAAGACUAGAAACCCGACCCCCCCACUCAAAAAUCCGUGGCGACGCCCCUGGAUCCGACGAAUCGACUGCGACCAUUUUUGUAAAACGAUCAGACGAACGCUCGGGGCAGUUUUGGUGCGUCCAAUCCUUUGAGGGAUAAAAAGGCUAAAAACUACAGUUGGUGACCUGAUAAUGGGCACUGACACAUCAGCAGAGACCUCCGUGAUCAGUGACCGUAUUCUGGUGAUCGAGCCCGGCUCAUAUUUCCUGCGUAUCGGCCGCGCCACGGACGUGAACCCGGCGGUGCUGCCGCACGUGAUCGCGCGGCGCCGCAAACCCGGCGGGCUGGCGUACCAGGACCCAGUGCUGCCACCUGACGUCAAACUGACUCGCCAGCAGACGAUGGAGCUGGAGGAGACGCGACUGAGCGUGUCACAUACCCUGCAGUCGUGCCUUAAGUCAGAUGGAUCGGCCAGGUUCGCAGCUCCUCCCCAAAUGGUUGCCAGCUUCAACAAGAACUCACAGCCGGUGAAAACUGAGGACCGUGUGCCUGAGUGGACCCCCGGCGGCGCGGACUACGUCGUCGGCGAUCAGGCUCUAACGCUGGACCCGAGCGGUCCGUACAACAUUCACUUUCCGGUGCGGCGGGGCCGACUGAACGUGCACCCUGGCCCGGGCGGCUCCCUGACGGCCGUGAUGGCCGACCUGUAUACCAUCUGGCUGCACUGCAUCGAGCGGCUGCUGGGCAUCCAACGCGCCGCGCUCGAGACGUACCGGGCCGUGCUGAUUAUACCAUGCGUGUACAACCGUGCCGCGGUAAAGGCCAUGGUGGAGCUGCUGGUCAACGGGCUCGGAUUCGCCUCCUUCUUCCUGAUUCAGGACCACGUGGCAGCGGCGUUCGGCUCGGGCGUGCCCUCAGCCUGUGUGGUGGACGUCGGAGACCAGAAGACGUCCGUCUCCUGCGUGGAGGACGGCAUGUCCAUACGGGAGACGCGGAUUCACCUGGACUACGGUGGCAGUGACGUCACGCAGGUGUUUUACUGGCUGCUGCGCCGCAGCGCGUUCCCGUACAAGCAGUGUUCCCCGGCCUCUCGGCUGGAUGCGCUGCUGCUCCACAAACUGAAGGAGACUUACUGCCAUGUGGACCUGGACACGUGCGGCCCUCAGGAGCACACGUUCCGUGUUAGUAAGCCGCACCACCCGUCCCUGCAGUACACGCUGCAGUUGGGGGACGAGUGCAUCAUUGCACCGCUCAGCUACUUCAACGCGUCGCUGUUCCAGCUGACCGGCCCGAAGCAGUCGUGGCUGUACGACCCGUACCGGGGCGAUUCGGAUGACCCGCUCGACACCGGCUACCUCAGGGAGACCGGGAGAAAGCGGGAGACGGCUGACACCGCAAGCGAGUCGGUGGACCAAUCACAGCUCGACGAUGAGGUCGAUGCCUUAGAGCCCAGCCAAUCACAGGACAGCAAGGGCCAGAUCAAGAUAGACAAGCUGCUCAGCCUGGAUCAGGCUAUUCUGCACAGCGUGGAUCAGUGUGGCAGUGACGAGCUGAAGCGCAAGUUCUACUCGUGCGUGAUCGUGGUGGGCGGCGGCGCCAAGUUCACCGGCUUCGCCACCUGGCUCCGCAGCAGGCUCUCCCUGCAGAUACCCUACCAGUUCAGACCAGAGCACAUGGAGGUGGUGACUGAGCCGCGUGAGCAGGACCCAGAGGUGGUCGGCUGGAAGGGCGCCUGCAUCAUGUCCUGUAUGGAGUCUGCCGGCGAGCUGUGGAUCCGGCCGGCCGAGUGGCGCACACACGGCGUCCGCACACUCCGCGAAAAGGCCGCCUUCUACUGGUGAACAGAGCAGGCUGUGGUUCGGAGAAUGGACGGAAGGCGGCGCCAGUGGUGAGUGUUAUGUAGCGAGCUUGUUGAAAAGCUAGUGGUACCUGAUAACUGAAGUGUUAAACGAGUUAUUGUUUCGUGCUGUGCAUUUGGCGUAACUUUGUAUCGGGGACAAAUGGGCGCCAUUCUAUUUGGUUGUAACUUUUGUUAGUCCUUUUGCGUGAACAUGACGCCGGUCAUUGGUCAAUGAUGCUCCUCACAGCAUUUACGUUGCCAAGUCUAUAUCGCCAUUUGAGUACGUACCCGCGUCCCGCCGAGUUGUUUGUUACGUAGUUUGGGUCCUGCUCAUACAUCGCCAUCAAUUAUAAGUGAAGUGUUUUCACUGCCAUCACUACCGCACGACUUUUUAAAGUGUUUUGUAGACUUUGAUUCCAUUGUAAAAUGUGAUUGAACUCACAGUGACUUGCCAUCGUUCUUUGGGUAACUGACGGUAUGUAAAUGCAUUUGAUUUUGAUAUAAAAUGUACCUACACAGA